AUGUCAAUCAAGACAGCCAUGAGACUUAUUGUCGUGGACUUCGACGAGACAAUCACCAAGAAGGACACUCUUCUGCAAUUGGCAUCGCUCGCCUAUCGCCAGAAACCACAAUUCCCUGUGAAGUUCCGCCAUUACCAGGAUGUGUACUAUAAACAUUACCUGAACUACGUUGCUGGCCAUGAAUACUUGGGGGGCAAACAAUGCCCUUCGUUAAAAGACCUCUUUUCCCAAGAACUACUUUACCAACAAGGGAUGUAUCCCGUAGAAAUGAGUUCGAUUGAUGAGAUUGUGUCUACAGGACUUUUCAAAGGUCUCGAGAGUCGCAAUUUGGAUUCGUUGAAAAUCCCCAUCAGAGAAGGAUUCUCGUUGUUUGCUAAUGAAUGUUAUAGGCAGCUGAUCCCCAUCUACGUGCUCAGCAUUACUUGGUCAGCGAGAUUUGUAAAGCUGGUGUUAUUGAACAAUGGAGUGGCUCCUAAUGCGACGGUGGUAAUAUCUAACGAGUUGGAGUUCUCCGAAGAUGGUACCACUUGCACCGGUGGGUUCCAGGUUGGCAAUGUUAGAACUGGCUAUGAUAAAUUACAGCGACUCACUGAGAUAUUAGCCAAAAAUCCAUCGUUGCCGUCACUUUAUAUCGGGGAUAGUAGGACUGAUUUGUUAGCGAGCUUGAAAUGCGAUGCCAGAGUGUUUAUGGAAAAAGACAACAAUUCUCUAUUGGAGUCCCUUAGCAAGUCGACCAGUUUAGAAAUUGAGCCAUUAUCAGACAAAUUGCAAAAAAAUGAAAAUAUAAUAUAUACUGCAAAAGAUUUUGUUAAAUUGAACCAUCUUUUAUUUUCCGGUGGUUCUGACGGCUGA